ACCCAUUCACUUGGCCAAUUCAUAUUGAAAACCCCAGCUCUGUGCUUAGUUAAAGCCACACAACUAAACUUUUUUUCUUUUGAGAGAGAAAGAUUUGGAAGAAUCCUCCUAGCGAUGGCAAACCUAGAGGCCGGAACAAGCAGUGAUGCUACACGAGCAUUGGGAGGUGAGUACCAGGUGUUCCUGAGUUUCAGAGGACCAGAUACUCGUUAUGGUUUCACCGACUUUCUCUACCACGGCUUGGUAGAUGCCGGCAUCCGUGUAUUUAGGGAUGAAGAUGAACUCCGUGUCGGCGAAGUGAUUGGUGGGAACCUUCUACGUGCUAUCAACAACUCCAUGCUCUACAUACCCAUUUUCUCCCGGACUUAUGCUUCCAGUAAAUGGUGCCUCCGUGAACUCGCAUGCAUAGUAGACAAUGUGCUUAACUCAGAGGGUAAAAAAAGUGUCCUUCCCAUUUUUCUCGACGUGGAACCUGAAGAUGUUAAACUUAAGACUUCAUUAUAUAGUACUGCUUUGCUGGAACACACGAACAAGUUUCCUGAUGAAGUCAAGGACUGGAGGAAGGCCCUUGAAGAAGUAGAUGAAAUAAAGGGUUGGAACGUGAAGAAGGACCAAAGUCAAGCAGCGAUUGUUAAAUUGGUUAUUGAAAAGGUUUUGGAGAAGCUGCAAAUAAAACAAAAAUCAGUGACUGAACAUUUACUUGGACUUGAUGGUCAAGUAAAAGAUUUGACAAAGUUAUUAGAUGUCAACAAUCAUGAUGUGCGACUCAUUGGAAUUUACGGAAUGGGUGGUAUUGGUAAAACAACUAUUGCCAAGGUCAUCUUCAAUCAACUAUCUUCCCAAUUUGGAAAGUGUUGUAGCUUCCUUGAAGAUGUUCGAGAAAUCUCGUCAACUAAGGAGGGCAUAGUCCAGUUGCAGAAUAAAUUACUAAAUGAUGCUGCUGGUUCUUUAUCUGCAAAUGAAGUCAAGGAUAGUGAACAAGGAAUGAAGAGGAUUGGAGAGAUACUCAACACUAAGAAGGUCCUUCUAGUUUUGGAUGAUGUUGAUAAUAAGGAGCACAUUAAGAAACUAACAGGAAAAUUUUCACUACAUUUGGGAUCUAGGCUAAUUAUUACAACGAGAACCACAACUAUUUUGCAAGUUGAGGGAUUCAAAGGCGAAAUUCUACCGUAUGAGAUGUUAAAGAUGGAUUAUGGUGUUGCACUUCAACUUUUUUGUCGCCUUGCCUUUGGUAGAGACCUUCCUUUGGAUGAUUAUUAUGGGCUUUCAAAUGAAAUUGUCUCAAGUAUGGGAGGGCUUCCUUUGGCAAUCGUAGUGAUAGGUUCGUUACUGAAUCGGAAAAACAAAGCAUUUUGGGAAGAGACUUUGGUUAGGUUAAGGAAUAUACCUGAGGAAGAGGUUCUAAAGAAGUUGAGGAUUAGCUAUGAUGGCCUAGACGAAUAUCAAAAACAAAUCUUUCUCGACAUAGCAUGCUUCUUUUUCAAUGAGAAAAAGACUGAUGCAAUUUACAUGUGGGCUAGUUGUCAUUUUUCUCCCGAAAGAGGAAUUGAUGUCCUUACUAGUAGGUGCUUGAUAAAGAUAUUGGCUAAUGAUAAGUUCUGGAUGCACGAUCAGCUAAUAGAUCUAGGAAGGCAAAUUGUCCGUCAAGAAAGUCCUAGUGACCUUGGAAGGCAAAGUAGGUUGUGGAUUGCAAAAGAGGCCCUCGAAAUCAUAAGAGCCGAAGAGAUUAAGGACAAGGUUCAAGCGCUUAGGGUAGAUGGUCCCGAUGGCUCCAUUGAGAUUACAAAUGAAGAGUUUGAAAGGUUGCAAAACCUAAGACUCCUCAAAUUACAUAAUGGAACUUAUACUAGGGACUUUGCAAAGUGUCGUUCAAAGCUGAGAUAUAUUUCUUGGCGGCCUCCUUUUAUAGAUUUUAGGGCAGACAAUAUGCAUUUGGAUGCUCUGGUUGUUUUUAAACUUGGCAAGAAUGUCUUCCCAGAUGAUUCCAAAGCAUGGGACUUGAUCAAGAGGGCACAAAAUUUGAAAGUUCUUUCUCUUACCGAAUGUAAUUACGUAACAACAAUUCCAGACUUCUCUAAAUGCUUGGGUUUGGAAAGGUUGACUCUUGCACGUUGCUACCGGCUAAAGAGAAUUGAAAGUUUCAUUGGAGAUCUACAGUUGUUGAUUCAUUUAGAGAUUAAAUGGUGCGGGCAUCUUAUCAAUUUGCCUGAAGAAGUGGGGGCUCUAGUGAAGCUUAAGCACUUCUCAUUGCAGGGAUGUGCUAAAUUGAGACAACUUCCAAGUUCACUUGGGAAUUUAACCUCAUUGGUAGAGUUAGACUUAUCUCAUACGGGCAUUGUCAAACUUCCAAACUCCAUUGGAGGACUAGUGAAACUUGAGCUUCUUCUUCUAAGUGACAUGCCAAUGAGGAGACUUCCUAGCUCCAUUGGAAAGUUAAAAUCGUUAUGCAUAUUGCGUUUUUCAAGAAUAAUUACUCAUUUUAAGAGUGAUGAUGUCUGGCAGUUACCUAGUGACAUCAGCAUGUUGGAAAAUCUUGAAGAGCUAGAUCUCUCUCAUCGUAAUGAGUUGAAAGGUGAAAUUCCUUAUGGAAUUGGACAACUGUCAUCUUUGAGAAUCCUAAAUUUAGAAUACACCAGAAUUUGCGGAAUUCCAAGGACAAUUAACAAUCUUCAUCACCUUCAAAUGCUAAACUUAUCAAGUUGUCAUGAUAUUUAUAGGUUGCCGGAACUUCCAACAAGUUUGACCUGUCUAUGUCUUGAAUCUAAAUCCUUGCUCUCAGUCCCUAAUUUGUCUAAUCUUACUAAUUUGGUUGAACUACUACUGAGUGAUGGCUCCAACGGUAUAGGGAGAUCAAACCUAAUCACAGGAUACAACUUAAGGCGGAUUGGGAGGUUAUCUAGACUGAAAAAAUUAGAUUUACAACUGCUAAACGUCCUGUACCUCAAGAGUUGGCUUCUCUUUCUCAUCUGGAAGUGCUCAAUUUGUGUUGCCUAGACCUAGAAACCCUGAUGCAGCUUCCGUCCUCUCUAAGGCUCUUAAAUUUACAAAACUUUAGCAUCAAGGGAACGGAGCUACUUUCCUCUUGCUUGAGAUUGAGAAAUUUGUCGACUUUACAAUUCAAGAAUUGUGAAGUGGAAGACAUUCCACUUGAUGGACUUCCCCAACUGAGGAGCUUACACGUUAGCCGUUGUAAACUGUUUCAGAGAUUAUCCAUUCCUUUGGAAUUAACAAAGCUACAGAAUGCUGUGGUGUUAUCUUGUCCAGAGCUAGUUGAGAUACAAGUUGUGGGUCUUUUGAAAUCAUUGAAAUUCUUCUACGUUGAUGAGUGCAAAUCCUUGAGAAGAAUAGGUGGGUUAUCAUACUUGAAGAACUUGGAGCAUUUAAGAAUCGCAAGUUGCCAUGUACUUACUGAUCUAGAGGGCCUAAACAAGCUAGAAUCUUCGAAAUAUUUGGAUGUCACAAAGUGCACAUCAUUGAUAAGGUUGAUUCAUGCUUCUUGCACAAAUAUACCAGAUGAUUGCCUCAUAGAAAUUCGAUGGUGUGGAGACUUCAUCAAUUGCACUUGGACCUACCCACGUGAAAUCUCUUUGAAGCGUUACAGGGAGAAGAUUUUUUUGGAUACAUCAAACAAGAUGGAACAUCCCUUCACAAUCGUGUUCCAACUUUUUCACAAGACCGGUCGUUCAGUUGCUAUGCCAUCUAAUGAAAAGGACAAUGUCACCCCUGAUUCAGUGACAUAUAAAGGACUGAUUACAGACGUGAAAGGUUUCGGCUAUCGUGUGAAGAGAAUGUGGUACAAGAAUCACCGUCAAGAUGACAACUGGCGUGUGGAGAUCAAGAGUGAUGACCAAGUGAAGGAAAUGGUACAAUUAGCAUCUAAAAGAGGAUUCAUUCAAUUGGACGUCACGGUAGGGAUUGGCAAUGAGUGGGUGGAACGGAAUUACAGCCUGAGCAUAAUUGACGAGUUGGAAAGAAUGUGGGCUCACGAGAGUGGGGUUGAGUGGGACGAUUUAGAUCCUGAUGAACUGUUAAGAGAGGCAAGGAGAAUGAGGACUCAAAAGGAUGGGGCUGAGUUGGACGAAGAAGGAACAUUAUCGGUGUUGUGAUCCAGUGCGACAGAAGUGGAUUGUAACUUUGCAGCUAAGUUCGGAGCUAUAGAAAUCGACUGAGAAAUUUAACGAGGAACAAUAAAAGAACACAAGAAAUUUAUGUAAUUAGAUUUGAAUGUUGUAACAUACGGUCAUGGGAGAGUUGGAAA